UCAGUCAGCCACCGGGCGCCUGCCUCCUCCGCUCCGGGAACCGAGCACAGAGAGCAGCAGGGGCGGAAGCCUGCGCCUUUCACACCGGGAGUUAAGGUCUACUGAGACGAGUCCGGUUCUACAUUUGCUUCCGAGCUGGUUCCCUCGCAGUACUGUGUACAUCUAUGAAGACUUCUCCCGGAUUCAUCGUCAUUACUUGCUGAGAGAGAGAAAAAGCUGCUAUGACUGUCCUCACGCUUCCUCACGCCAUGGUCCAUCGGAUCGUCGAGCUGUCGCACUGCUAGGCGAGGGGGGGUGGGGACGCCGCAGAGGCCAGGAGACAUGUUGGGACAGAGGCCCGAGGACCAGUGCACUGAAUUCUGUUACUUUAGCGACUACCGUAGUAGCCAUGGAAACGCUACGGAGGACUGCUCUGAUCUGCACAGUCGUCGUUGUCAUGGGUGUCGCAGGAGUUCACAGGGAUGAGUUCUCUCAGUCACAAGCUGCCUUCCUGUCCAGUCUAGGCCAAUAUGAGAUUGCAAUUCCGGUACGCUUAGGACCUGAUGGUGGGACACCGCACACAAGACCCUCUCCGCAUCGAAGAAAAAGACGCAACACAGAAGAAAAAAUACCAGCCGACACCUCUCUCUACUAUCAGGUCUCUACGUCCCGCCACAACUUUCUGCUGAACCUGACCCUGCAGGGAGGCCUGCUUUCCCGCCAGUUCAGGGUGGAGUACUGGAAAAGAGGCAGAUUAGCCUGGAGUCACCCUUACUCUCCCCACUGCCAUUAUAUAGGACACCUCCAGGACCAGCCGCACUCCAGCAAAGUGGCUCUCAGCAACUGUAACGGCCUGCACGGGGUGAUCGUUGCUGGGGAAGAGGAGUUCUUGAUUGAACCUCUGGUGUCGCCAGCUAACCAAUCCAAUCCAGAGAGAGGGGAGAGAGCCGAGGGGCGCCCCCAUGUGGUUUAUAAGCGCUCAUCGCUUCGCCACCAGUACAAAGGCCAAUCUUGUGGAGUCGUUGAUGAGAAGCCGAUGAAAGGCUCAUCAUGGUGGCAGAGGACGCUGAAGACGCCGCCGCAUCACGUCGGCCGAGGCCAGUUACCACUGAAGCGUUCAGUGAGCUGGGAGCGCUACGUGGAGACGCUGGUGGUAGCUGACAAGAUGAUGGUGGGAUACCACGGUCGACGAGACAUCGAACAGUACAUCCUGGCUCUUAUGAAUAUUGUUGCCAAACUGUUCCAGGAUUCUAGCCUGGGGAAUGCAGUCAACAUCGUAGUAACCCGGCUCAUCCUGCUCAUGGAGGACCAGCCCACAUUAGAGAUCAAUCAUCAUGCAGGGAAGUCGUUAGACAGCUUCUGCAAGUGGCAGAAAUCCAUCCAGCACCGGAGCAGCUACGGCAACGCUAUACCUGACAAUGGCAUCGCUCACCACGACACGGCAGUGCUCAUCACCAGGUAUGACAUCUGCAUCCAGAAAAACAAGCCCUGUGAAACCUUAGGCCUGGCUCCCGUUGGAGGAAUGUGUGAACCGGAGAGAAGCUGCAGCAUCAACGAGGACAUUGGCCUGGGAACUGCUUUCACUAUUGCCCAUGAGAUUGGACAUACGUUUGGAAUGAACCAUGACGGUAUCGGUAACACGUGUGGACCCCGGACCCAGGAGACGGCCAAGCUGAUGGCCGACCACAUCACCAUGAAGACGAACCCGUUCAUCUGGUCGGCCUGUAGCAGGGAUUACAUCACCAGCUUUCUGGACUCAGGUAUGGGCUCCUGUCUGAACAACGUCCCCCCCAAGCAGGAGUUUGUGUACCCCACCACAGCCCCGGGUCAGGCCUAUGAUGCAGACGAACAGUGCCGCUUCCAGUAUGGAGUCAGAUCUCGACAAUGUAAAUAUGCAGAGGUCUGCAGUGAGCUUUGGUGUAUGAGCAAGAGCAACCGAUGCAUCACCAGCAGCAUACCAGCAGCAGAGGGAACCAUCUGUCAGACCAACACGAUUGAGAAAGGGUGGUGCUACAAGAGGGUCUGCGUGGCAUAUGGGACCCGUCCAGAAGGUGUCGAUGGAGGCUGGGGAUUGUGGUCGCCCUGGGAAGAAUGCAGCAGAACAUGCGGAGGCGGCGUCUCCUCCUCGAUCAGAUAUUGCGACAGCCCGAGGCCAACCAUUGGUGGAAAGUACUGCCUUGGAGAGAGAAAACGCUACAGAUCCUGCAAUAUUGAUGAGUGCCCCGUAGGCUCACGGGACUUUCGGGAGAUCCAGUGUUCUACCUUUGACAGUGUUCCAUUUCGAGGGAAGUUCUACACAUGGAAGCCUUACAGAGGAGGUGGGGUGAAGACCUGUUCUUUGAACUGCCUGGCGGAGGGAUACAACUUCUACACAGAGCGUGCGCCGGCGGUGGUGGAUGGCACGCCAUGCCGAGAUGACUCCCUGGACGUGUGUGUAAACGGCGAGUGUAAGCACGUCGGCUGCGACCGCAUUCUCGGCUCAGAUGUUCGUGAGGACCGCUGUCGGAUCUGCGGAGGCGACGGGAGCAGCUGCGAGUCCGUGGAGGGAGUCUUUAAUGACUCUUUACCAGGAGGUUAUGAAGAGGUCAUCCGAAUCCCAAAAGGGUCAGUGUUCAUUCACAUACAGGAGCUCAACGUUUCCCUCAACCAUCUUGUGCUGAAGAGCAAAAGCGAUCAGUACUUCCUCAAUGGGAAGCUCACCGCCGACACGCCCCACAGGUUGGAUGUUGCUGGAACAACAUUCCACUAUAGACAGCCUACAGAUGGACCGGAAACUCUUGAGGCUCUCGGACCAACAAAUAUGACCCUGAUUGUUAUGGUGAUGGUCCUGGAGGAGAACCCUGGAAUCCACUAUCGUUUUAACCCCCCCGUCAACCGGGAACCCCUGAUUGGUUAUGCCUGGUACCACACGUCCUGGUCGCACUGUUCGGCUCUCUGCGCUGGAGGUGAGCAGAUCCAGCAGGUGGUGUGUAGGAAGCUAUCAGAUCACUCCAUCGUUUACAACCACUUCUGCGAUAAGAAGAACAAACCCAAAGAGAGACGCCGAUUCUGCAACACCGAGCCAUGUUCCCCGACCUGGUGGACUGGAGAGUGGUCGGAGUGCAGUCGCAGCUGCAAUGGCGGCCUGAGGACCCGCGAGGUGUUAUGCAAAAGGAGGCUCUCUGCAUUAGAGGAGAAAGUCCUGGAUGACUCGGCCUGCCCCCCUUCGCGGCCCCCAUUCACUGAGCACUGCAACAACCACAGCUGCCCCCCAGAAUGGCUGGCCCUGGACUGGACGGAGUGUACGCCCAGCUGUGGUCCCGGCUACAGGCGCCGAGCGGUUUUGUGCAAGAGUGGGGACAGCGGGGACACGCUGCCGGAAUCCAAGUGCCCCAAGUACGGCAGACCCACCUCUAGAGUGCGCUGUAACCUGAAACGCUGCCCUCCGCCUCAGUGGGUGACGGGUCCUUGGGGAGAGUGUUCUGCAAAGUGUGGACUUGGUCAAGAGAUGAGAUCGGUGCAGUGUCUGACUCACACCAGCAUGCCAUCCAAUGAGUGUCCGGAACAUCUACGGCCCGUCUCCAUGCAGCAGUGCAAGAGCAAAUGUGACCUCAGUCUGCCUAUCAGUACGGACAACACCGAAGAGUGCAAAGAUGUGAACACUGUGGCCUACUGCCCCCUGGUGCUCAGGUUCAAGUUCUGCAGCCGACCAUAUUUUAGGCAGAUGUGCUGCAAAACCUGCCAGGGACACUGAUCUUGGACUCUUGGACAUGGUGGAACCUCACAGCAUCUACACACACACAUAAACAUAUAUAUAUGUAUCGAAAAUGAGCCUUGUGGCAGCACCCCGAGUUUUGGGGGGGGGGAUUGGGAUGCUGUCAGACACCCCAGUGAUGCCAUGACUGUCAUGUGAGAGCGAAUUGAAUUCUACAUUCCACUGGAGGGAGUAUUCUAUUCUUGUAAUAUUUUUGGUGCUACUUCCGCAGCCGCUCCUUGGCUACAGAACGGGGGGGUUGCGGUGUUGGAUAUCGCAAUGGCCGCUUUGUGUUUACUUUGGCCUAAUUGUUAAGCUUGAUGUUAAAAUAUCUUUUUUUUUUUUUUUUUUUUUUUUUAGCUAUGAAGAAAUUCACUUUCCACAGAUCCUCCACGGGAAAAAAGGAAUCUCUUCCAUUAUGAAAGAAAAAUUACCUGAUAGUUUUUACUUGAUCACAUGUUAUUUUAUGCUAAGUGUCAUCAGUCACAUGACUUGUAUGUAUCGUGUUUGUGAAGCUUCACAUGUAAAAAGUUGCCGCGUUUUGUAGCGUUUUUUAGCGUCUUUAUAUUUUUAACGAGAUGCUUAUUCCGUGUUUGGCAGCUUUUAAUGGAACCUUUAAAAAAGAAUUUUUUUUUUAAUUUUUUUUUUUUUUUUUUUUGCAGAGGCGCUCUAUUUUUAAAGCACCUGGUCGACAGUUUGAGUGACUUUAAAUACAAGCGGAAAUUCAGUGUCAAGAGUGGAGGGCGCCAUUGUGACUCACUGUCUAAUUAUAUACACUGUCUCCGCUGUGGCACAGUCUCAUGAUUAAUGACCGGAUUCAAACGCGGGUGAGAGGACUUCUUGCAUACAUGUAAACAGACAAAAGUAUUGGGCCAAUGUUUUUUUUUUUUUUUUUUUACUUUCCCUCUCAAUUUGGUCCUUUAGGGUGAACAACAGCAGGGAGCCAGCAGACCCUCACUCAGGUCCAACAUUAUUGUCUUUCUGAAUGAAAAUCCCCCACAGGUACCUUCCUGUUGUAGCAACAACUUGACAUUUUCUACAAUACACAAUAUAGUACAUCCGCAAGGCAUGCCGGGUAGCUCGCGGUACUCCUUUUCCCGACUGAUUGCAAAAUACGCAGAGGAAGUUGUCAUAUCCAAUAGUUUUAUUGUUCGUAGCUGACAUUGUUGUUGCAAGCGGGACUACCCAGCAUGCUUUGCGGGUGUUUGAAAAAAAAAAUUAAGUUACGUGUUUUUUUUUUUUAGCGUUUAGUUGAUUUAUGUGAGGCCUUAACUUGUGUAUGUUUUCGUUUUUGUCUGUUUAUAUAGAAGACACCUCAAAUUAUUUAACCUAAUGUGCCCACUCCUGGUUUAUAUAGUGUAUUUUUUUUUUUUCGCAGACACAUAAAAGUCAUCUACGUGCGUCAUUUCUUCUUUUUAAUAACACUUCUGAACUUCUACUAGUCAAAUUGGGUUUGUAUUGUAAUGAAGGAGACGCUGCUGAGGAUUUAGUCACCAUGUUUGACCGCAAUCAUUCCACUGCGGGCCUUUUACAGAUGUAUGCAAAUGUACACGUGGGACUGUCCUUUUCUUUCUUUUUGUGGUGCUUUCUCAUCUGGAAGGGUGCUAUUCAUUUAUUGUUUUGUUACAUUUUGUGUCCCAAGUUAUCAUUUUAUCAUUUGAAAAUCGCCCCUAUCCUCCCUGCUCCAGCACAAAAAUCGAUAUGUGAAGAGCAAGUCGGAGGAAUGCUUUGGUAGCUUUUCAUCAGCUUCUU